CCCAACAAAAACAUCCUCCCAACAAAACAUACCCUCCCAACAAAACAUCCCCGCCCAACAAAAACAUACCCUCCCAACAAAAACAUACCCUCCCAACAAAACAUCCUCCCAACAACAAAAACAUACCCUCCCAACAAAAACAUACCUCCCAGCCAAAACAUACCCCUGCCCAACAAAAACAUCCCUCCCAACAAAACAUACCCUCCCAACAAAACAUACCCUCCCAACAAAACAUACCCUCCACACGGUGCUCCUAUAGCACACGGUGCUCCUAUAGCACAGGUGCCUCCUAUAGCACACAGUGUUCCUAUAGCACAGUGCCUCCUUGUAGCACACGGUGCCUCCUAUAGCACACGGUGUCUCCUAUAG